AUGGUAAACACAGCUCUUCCUCUGGUGGUGGUGAUGGUCAUCGUCUCCUUGGCGGUAUCCUUCACGGAGGAGAAAUGGGCUGAGUCCGCGGAGGCAACAAAGGAAGCAACAGCGUCCGAGACAGUAACCAACCUCCAGUUCUACUUCCACGACACAGUCAGUGGAAAGAACCCUAGUGCCGUACGUGUGGCACAAGCGACCGGCACCGAAAAGUCCCCAACACUUUUCGGGGCUUUAUUCAUGGCCGAUGACCCGCUCACUGAGACUCCCGAUCCCAAUUCCAAGCUUGUGGGACGGGCACAAGGGCUGUACGGGUUAUCUGGUCACCAAGAGCUUGGCCUGAUUAUGGCCAUGAGCUUUUCGUUCACGGAAGGUACGUACAAUGGUAGCUCCAUUAGUAUUUUUGGAAAGAACCCGAUCACUAACCCGAUUCGGGAGUUACCGGUUGUGGGUGGAACUGGGGCGUUCCGGUUUGCUCGUGGAUAUGCAAUUGCCCAUACCUAUUGGUUAAAUGCCGCUGGGGAUGCAAUUGUAGGAUACAAUGUCACUGUAGUUCACAAGAGCUAG